UUUCGUAUUAUCUACACGAUUUAUCAACACCAUAAUUAAAAUAGCAGCCAUAAAGCACAACAUAGCACACAUAAUUAGUAAUUACUUUGACUUGGAGAUAAGGUCCUGGUACUGAUUGCCUGUAUGGCGUGAGCUGAGCCGUCACCAAGGUUGUGUUGCCCUUUGACCGAGUUGUUGAUUGACCAACUGACACUUGACACUUCUGUGGGUGUUUCAAACAAAUAUAAAGGAGUAACACUCCAAGGAUCACAUUCACACGCCUGAAAGUGAAUCUGGCAGAAGAUGGAGACUGUGAAAAGGUGGAGGUCAGACUGGAGGUUCCCCACCACUUUGCUGUGCAUCUAUGGAUUCUUCAGCACAGUCAAACCUCUGGAACCUUUCCUCUUCCCAUACUUGACAGGGCCGGACAAGAAUCUGACAACAGAGCAGGUUAAUAAUCAAAUUUUCCCAGUGUGGACAUACUCCUAUCUAUCUGCACUAGUGCCGGUGUUCUUGCUGACGGACUGGCUGCGGUACAAGCCGGUGGUGGUGUUCCAGUGUGUCGUGCUCUUCAUCACCACAGCAAUGCUGCUGUGGACUAAAAGUGUACCAGCCAUGCAGGCCAUGCAGUUCUUCUAUGGCGUAGUGACAGCCAGUGAAGUGGCCUACUUUUCCUACAUCUACAGUGUGGUAGAUCAGAAGAGAUACAGGAAGGCCACAUCGUACUGCCGCAGUGUCCAGCUCCUAGGGUACACAGUGGGCUCUGUUCUGGGCCAGCUUCUUGUCAGCUUCAACCUGUUGUCCUACUACAACAUCUUGGUGUUGACUCUGGUUCUCACCACCAUCGCUCUCCUUGAUUCUUGCCUCCUGCCAAUGCCACAGCAGAGCAUGUUCUUUCAUCGCAGGCGUCCUGGACAGAACACAGCAACAGAGGGAAGAAGAAGCAGCGCAGAUGGGACAAAACAUGCACGCAUAUCGACGAUAUCCCUGGAGGGAAUGAGAGGUGAAGAGGUGGACAACAGCAGAGAAAGAGGGGAAGCUGUGAAUGAACAGAGAGAAACUGGUGCUCAGGCUGUGGACUUUGUUGAGUCAGUUGAAGCAGAAGGCUGCACCAAAGUUCUCCUUCAGCUGUGGAACGAUUUCCGCCAGUGCUAUUCCUCCAGACAACUGCUUUACUGGUCAGUGUGGUGGGCAAUGGCCACCUGUGGCUAUAACCAGACUGUCAAUUAUGUACAGGUGCUGUGGGAGCAUGUGGAGCCUUCACAGAACUUCAGCAUCUACAACGGCGGUGUGGAAGCAGUGUCCAACCUGAUGAGUGCAGCUACAGCCUAUGGUAUAGGCUUCACUGAAGUGAGAUGGGAGAAGUGGGGAGAGCUGGCUCUGGGCGGAUUCUCUGGAUUAGGGGCGGGUGCACUUUUCCUCAUGACCUUCAUCAACAACAUAUGGGUCUGCUACAUCAGUUACGUCAUUUUCAAGUCCCUGUACAUGCUUCUGAUAACAAUAGCCAUGUACCAGAUUGCAGCCGAUCUGUCAAUGGAAAGAUAUGCACUUGUGUUUGGAACAAACAACUUUGGAGCGCUGGCUCUACAGACCAUCAUCACCUCUGUCGUGGUUGACAGUGGAGGAUUGGGCCUGGCCAUCAUUCCCCAGUUCACAAUAUAUGCCAGCUACUUCUCAUUCAUCGCUGUCCUUUUUUCCCUCCGGGGGCUGUUUACCAUUUGGAGAGCACGAAGACACAAAACUCAAACCCCUCCGGACACAAAUGAAAAUGUAAGGCUUUGA